AACUCGCCAAAUUUGCAUUCUGGCGACAACGGGCACGAAGGGUCUGUACUUGUGAGUACUCGUACAUAGUACCCGUUCGAGUCCUUAGCUCCCUCGCGCGUGUCGUCUCUCUUCUCUUCUCUCACUCAACCCUCUAGCUCCUUCGCUUUCCACUCACAACCUUAACACUCUCUUCUCCUUCGCACGAUAUCAUACACACACGACUACGGCAUACAUAUCGCAGCGCAGCGCGGCCUCCCUAUCAAACCAUCAUCCCUGCGUAUUUCCUCCCGACGGCGCCUCCCCCGGAUUUUUCUCCUUUGAGCCUCACUCACGAGUCGAGCUGCUGCGCCCCACUGGAAUCUCAACAUCUAACUUAUUGCCUCCCUAACACAAAUACCAUCCGCACCUUUCCCCAUUUCUCUAUCUCUCGAAGAUCGACAUUUGUGUCGGUUUCGUUUCCCGAUACGCUCAAAAAUUCCAAAUUCUCGACAAAGUUCCUUACCUAGACCAGAUGCCUAUGAAGGCCGAAGAACUGAAAAAUAAGGGGAACGUGUGCUAUGCCGAGGGGGAUUAUGUCGGUGCGGAGAAAUUUUAUACUCAAGCAAUUAUAAAAGACUCUACGAAUGCCGCUUUCUUCACUAAUCGUGCGCUAGUAAGAUUGCGCAUGGACAUGUACGAUCAAGUCAUAGACGAUUGCUUGAAGGCUAUUGAUCUCAUCCCAUCUUCACUGAAAGCAUAUUCAUACCUCGGACAAGCGCAGCUCAAACUUGGCUAUCCGAAUGAGGCUCUAUCAUCCACCCUCCGCGCAUACGAGUUGGCCAUUGCGCAACGCUCUCCUAGCGUUGGUGCUAUCGCAGCGACAUGUCUUGAAGUCAAGAAGAAGCGCUGGGAACUCUCGGAAGAGCGGCGUCGUACUCGCGAAUGCAACCUCGCGAUGCGGAACGCGAGGUUGAUCUUAUUCUUCGUUCCCCUACCUGGGACCCUGGAGAAGAUUCAGACUCUUGAGGAGGUGUUUGGAAAAGCCGAGGCGGAGAGAUGUGGAAAGAGAGAGGUUCCGGAUUACUUGAUUGAUAACAUCACCUUCAGUGUUAUGCUGGACCCCGUCAUCACCAAAUACGGCCAUUCUUAUGACCGCGUAACACUGCUUGAUCACCUUAAGCGUUCUUCCACCGACCCUCUCACAAGAGAGCCGCUAACUGAAAAAGACUUGAGACCAAAUCUAGCCCUUAAGGCCGCCUGCGAAGCAUUCCUCAAGGAAAAUGGCUGGGCAGUCGAUUGGUAGAUUUGUGAAGUACCGGUACAGCACCGAAAAAACAGGGGACAAUUCCAGUCCCAAUUAUCUUGUCAGGUUUUGCUUCUUAAUUUCACACUAUUCUCACUCGUACUUGUACCCCUCCAUUAUCCCUCUCCCACCGGGGAAGUAUAUUGUGCUAUUAAGUCGCUUUUUAAUGCUUUUCCCCCCUCCCCUUUCUCAACCAGAUUUCGUGUUCCGUGUAUUGCUAGCGUGAUGGCAUUUCCGACUUUAGCAUAUGGGGUUUCAAAUGACAUUUUCUGCGUUUUCUACAUUUCUUCUUCUUUUCCUUUUUCUUCUUUGCUUCCUAGCACAAUUGCUUCACUCUGGUGUUCGGUAUGGAUAUGAUGAGUGGUUGGUGUGUUUGGGAGAUUUGGGGUCGAAACUAUGGGAAGGGUUGGCGCCGGAAUUACAGUGGGGAUUAAAUUUAUUUAGAUAUGGUGGUACCGUACUGUACGGGACACCAAAAGCUGGCCUUAUUCAUUUUUUUCGUUUAGUAAUAAGAUGCACUCAAAAAAGCAGUGCCUUAGGGAAAAAAUUGUAUCUAUCAUACUUGUAUGAUGAUAUUACCGCAUGCUCACUUUUUUCAAAAGGCCCUUCUCACCGUGCAAUGGGUUCAAAACCCGUCCUAAAAAAAGGUGGAGCCCGGCGUCUACAAUACAAGUAUCGUAGAUGGAAACAAGGAACUUUAAAGGAAUAGAACCAGCCAGAUAAAGCUACCUCCGGGCAGAAUAAACAAAGUUGUUUUCCCAAUCUCCGACCAGAUAUGACCAGCUAGGGAAAUUGGUAGGGCGUAAAAAUGCAAAAAUCCUGGUGGGGGGUGAAAAACGAGUGCUCGGGUAUCGGUAUUUGCAGGGCGGGAUGGUACUAGUACAAGUACCGGUAUCAUACAGGUAACAUUGGCUUGGUACUUCGCCAGAAGGCUUUGUGCAACUUCAAACCUUGCGCCUGGGUCGGUUGCCACGGUGGACCCACACAUUUGAGCGCAUUGCACUGGUACCAACUCUCAACCAACCGAGUCUUUUUCUUUUCCUUCCCUUUCCCCAGGGGCUUGGUUCGUUGUUUGUUGGGGCUCGCUCAUUGUUGGUUCUGGUCAGGUGAGGGUGGAUUUCAGACGCGGCACGAUAGGGCGAUGGGGGGG